AUGGAGGGUAGUGGAGAGGAGCCUUCCUUCAAGUUGAAUCCCUACGUAAAGCGCUGGAGGCAAAAUAUCUUAAGCCACCAGGGUGCGCACGCACGAGGUGACCGCAGCGUUGGCACAGAGCUUAUCGGUGCUCUGUGUCAUGAGCCCCAAUUGCCCUCUCGAGUAACGGCUCUCGUAGCGAGUGAAGCAAAGUUUAGGCGUGGUCGUACUGGCUUCAUGCAAGGAUUCGACUCUUCCCACGUAUGGAAGCAGCUGAAUAAUUUGCAAAUUUUGACGUACUGCACAACGCGGUACCUCGGCAUGACGGUGCGGCUGCUAUACGAGCAGUUUCUCGAACUCUAUUCCAUCCUCUGCAUCCCAUCUUCCUACGGCCAGCAAACCACUAAGAUGCUGCUGCAGCAUCCAAACCCGAGGGCUGCCAGUGCUUUCCUGUUGCAGGUUCUUAGAUUCCCGAACACAGGGUACCAGCUGGGGAGGACAAUGGUUUUCUUUCGAAAAGCUGCAUUCUUGGUUCUGGAAAAGACGAGGAUUGAAUACCUUGAGCGACUAGUGCCCGCUGUUAUCCGCGUGCAGCGGAUGUGGCGAACUGUGCGAGAACGCGCGUUCGUGGCAGACAUGCAUUGGCUUUGCGUCCGGGUGCAAAGCCACUUUCGCCGCAUUCUUCUUUUGAGAGAGCUGAAGAAGCUGAAACCUCUUAAGGAUCUCUUCUUUGGGGCUGUAGUAGUUUCGGGUAUCGCAUAUGCAUUCCGACGCGUAGGCCUCAGUGAUGAGGCCAUUCAAUCCAUUGAGACGAAGUAUAGAAACAGAGAAGUGUAUUGUUUACGAUGGAGCGCUGCUGUCUGCGUUCAAUCGUGGUGGCGUUCAAUAAUGGCUCAGAAACUGGCGGCGAAACUCCGUCACGCCCUCCUUUUAGACCACAGCUCGCUUCUUGUUCAGAAUGCGUGGAGGUCUUUCAAAGCACAAGCCAUCAUUUUGGAGAAGAUUUCUGAAGAGAUAAUCCCAAAUAGGGCUGCUACGCUUAUCCAGAGGCACGUCAGAGGAUGGAGGGAACGCCGCAAGUUCCAAGAAUUGAGAGGGCUGACUAUGGCGUUUUUAUCUAUUCAGCGAAAGGGGGCAAAGCUGUACAGCAUGCGUGUCAUGCUAAACUACCGCCCAAUCAUCAGGCACACCACUGUUAUGAGGGAUAUGAUUGCGGCCCAGAUGAACACUUCGGUUGUCCGCAUUCAAAGCUUCUUCAGGAUGGUUAUCAUCAGGCAGCAGUACAUGAGGUUGAGAAAUGCUGCUGUGCUCUGUCAAGCUGGAGCACUAACGAGGCUGCGCCGGGGUGACUACCUCUUGGCGAAGCGCAUGGUGGUAAAAAUUCAGCGCUGGUGGCGCUCAGUACUCUUAUUAAGGGGACUAGAGGUUGAAGUGGCGCUACCCAUGCCGAUUCGACUGCCAAAAAAAGCAGAUUCAGUGGUUGCGAGGCGUGAGCUUGUUGCUUUUGAGUUAUUGCGGCCUCAUCUGCUUCGUGUCCAAGGGGUAUUCCGAGUCGAGAGAAUGCGCCAGGAGUACCAGUACGCUUACCCAAUUGGGUUGCAUACAAACUGCGACUGCCGGGCGAUAUACCCACGGACGUGGGCCCAGCCGCUUCAGGAUUUGUUGGUGCGGACUGCUGGAACUACAAGCUUUCAGCAAGAUAGUUACAUAGCAGAAGCCACUCAGAUGGCCCCAGUGAUGUUCCUGGACCUCGCCAUAGGCGGCCACCACAGUGUAGUGCUUUUGGCAGUGAGACAGCCUGCGUCCGGCAACUUUGCGACACGCGUUCGCGCGGCUAUCAAGGGUGGAAGUUGGCAGGAUUUCAACCUUGUGCCUAGUGUGUAUGCAUGGGGGUGGGGAGAUAGAGGACAACUUGGCGAAAAGCAAAGUCCCAGAGAGCAAGGAAUGACAUGCGUUGGUCCCUUGAAGUUUGUGGAUCGGGUAUUCAGAGACACAAUGGAUCUACAGACCGGCCAUUUAAUUCAGCAGCUCGUCCAGGAAGUGGACUAUACCCACACAGUCUGUUCAGUUGCAGCUGGCUUGGAUCACUCGCUUGCACUGACCAACGAAGGCAUGGCCUUCGCGUGGGGUGACAAUACCGAUGGACAGUGCGGCCUAGGUCACAGACUUAUGUGGGUUAGGCAACCAACACUUAUUCCCACCAUCCGAAACAACGCCAUUAGACUGAAAAGCAUAGUUGCAGGACCUCGACAGUCAGGAGCGGUAUGCUCCGACGGGAAGGCGCUGAUGUGGGGAGCAGCUCAUUUUGUUCGUCUUCCUACCCUGACGCCCGAUUCGCAUUCGUACACUCCGCGUGAGGUUCCGAUCGACUCUUCCCAAGAGGCGCUUCAGAUAUGCUGUUCUUCCGGAUUCAACGUGCUACGGACAGCUGGAGCCGCUGGGGUGUUUGCAUGGGGUUCCAACGAUAGUGGCCAAUUAGGACAAGGGAUAGAAGAUAAAAAAUCAAGAGAUAUGCCAACAUUUGUUGCUCUUCCCGCAACACCAACGAACCCCCAUGUAGUUUCCAAGGUUGCUGUUGGAAAGCGAUUUGUCGUCGUGUGCCUUCAACAGAAAUCUCCCUUCCUUUAUACCUGGGGAGCGUUACCAGUAGAAGCGUCGAACGCGACGUCAAAGAGCCCUGGAGGUGCGGAAGGGAAAAAGCCUUCAGCAGAAGCAGAACAGCGAGCCAUGAUGAACCCAUUCCUAAAAUUUUCUGGCUUCAAAGCGCCACAGCCUCAACAGGCGAAGCCAGCUGCGCCUCCUCCUAAAACAGAAAAGCUGAAAGCAAUUUGCAGACCAACCCGUGUUGCGCAUCCUCUGUGGAAGGGCGAUGCAGUUGUGGACAUCGGAGUGACAGGAGUAGAAGUGCUGUCCUUUUUUUUUAAGAAGCAAAUUGCUCAGCCCAAGGAGCCUGAACUGCCGAAGGAGGCCGCCAUAUCGUGCGAAUUGGAACGUUUGAAGGGAGAAUUCACUCUGGAGCCUGGCGUGUACAGUCUGCGGCAUCUCAAGCCCCUGAGGAUGGUAAUCCGGUCGCUACACACCACCGGGAAUGCAGUCUCGUUAGCAUGUAGUUGGGCCACGGCAGUGCGACCGACUCGGCAACUGCUUGAAAAUAUAAUUAGCAGCGGGGAAGCUGCGCUUUCAAAGAAGUAUAGGACAGCCACAGGCGCCCCAAUAGAGCUGCCGAAGAAGGUCAUUGAACGUGACCAGAACAAAUACCGCGAAAUCCUGGAGUCGACGAACCGACUCUUAACUAGUUCGCUUCUUUCAAGAGAGAACCAGUCCCGUCAAAGUGCGAAGCCGUUGGCGGAGACUCUUGUGCCUGACUCCCGCCUUUUGCAGCGCAUGCGUGCCAUUUAUAGUAUCCGCAAUGCACGCAGUAACUCUGCCUCCUAUGAUUCUGAACAUGAAGAUAGCGUCUCUUAG